AUGGUAGGGUUGUCCGGCAGCCAGCAGAAUGUAUCGAUACCGUAUUCCCAUGGUGCUGAAACUGAUGUGGGGUUGACUGGGCCCAUCUCUCUGGGCGGUUACGACGAGGCGGGGUCUAUCAGGAAGAGGUUGAUGCGAAUAGGGGAGAGAGUUCGCGCGUACGAGGUUAAAGUGCUGAACUCUAAAGCGUAUAAAAUCACUGUACUGCAUUGGGGGUUACUGGCAUUGUGGGGGUUGCUUCUUCUGCUUUUCAUGAGGGUAUAUCGAGAUCUGUACCAGAAAACAAGGCUUGUGGCUACAGCCUGCACCAAUGUGUUGCUCUUUGGGAUCUCUGAUAUUAUAGCUCAAUGCAUCACUUGCUUCCAUUCACACGUUAUAGAUCCAGUACCUCAGUUUGUCAGCGAUACAAGUAAUCAGUUGCUGCGGACAUUCUCGAACUCAGAGGGGCCGCAAGAACUUUCGUACGACGACAGCGACACUUUCUCCGUGUUCAACGAGUACGGAAUCACACCUGUAUCAUCCACGGAGGAUCUCCCACGAACCAGUAGUCCAGACAACGAGAACACAGUCAUCUUCGAGUUCCCAAGGUGGCUCUGGUUCAUGGGCUGGGGGGCCUUUGUGGCCAACUUCCAAGUCCCCUGGUACAAGUUUUUGAACUUUUAUUUCACAGAGGACCCAUCCAUGGUACAGGUCUUUGAGCGGGUGUUAUGCGAUCAACUGCUGUACUCGCCCUUAUUUUUGUACUUCUUCUUCACUUACUCCAACUACCUCAUGGAGGGAGGUAACGCCCACACGAUGAAGAUCAAAAUCCAAAAACUUUACAUCUCGACUUUAGGGUGCAACUUACUAGUGUGGCCGUUGGCUCAGAUCAUCAAUUUCUCAAUCAUGCCGAAACACUUUCAAGUCCCCUUCAGUUCAUCAGUCGGUGUACUGUGGAACUGCUUCUUAUCGAUGAGAAACGCAUCGAAUUCGAUAUGA